CAGAGAAGAACAAAAUGGCUACCUGGAACAGAGCGAGGUAUCUGCUCAUAUCGUCUGCGGUGUUUAUUUCGAUAGGUUUCCUUUUCUUUCUCAUUGCUUUUUCGACACCAAAUUGGUUAGAAGCCGACGAUAAAUAUAAAUUAAAGAACGGAUUUGUCAAGUUGGGUCUGUGGACAGCAUGCUUCAAUCACUGGACAUAUUUUAAUGAUUACAAUGGAAAGAUUUAUGAUGGAUGCUGGUGGAUUUAUUCAUAUGAAUAUAGACCAAUCUUCCACUGGAUUAAUCCAUCAUGGUUCCUUUCUAUACAAGUGAUGAUGACCUUGACCCUGUUGGCAGAGAUUGUUGUCCUCUCCCUCAUCAUCUUGUUCAUCCUUAACAUAUUAAAGGGCAAGAACAGCUUCGGGGCACUCAUGUCUGUGGGGGUCGCAGCAGUGGUCUGUGGUGUUGUGACAGGUAUCUGCAUCUUGAUUUUUGGCACUAUGUCAGUUGUGAACAGACAGUGGAUUCAGAAUCCAGACAAGAAUUACCUGUCCUACUCUUUUGGUCUGAUGGUCAUGUCUGGGUUCCUCCUUGUGUUUGGGGGGUUCUGUGCUGCGUUCUCUGCCACACAGGUUCGCUUCGACCAGAAGAUGAGUCAGGAGAAACCAAGAUAUGGAGGACAGAUCAUAAAACCCGCCCAACCAAUUUAUUAGUCCAGGAGUGCUCCAUUUCUGACAAUAUCAACAUUAACUUUGUAAAUGGAAAUAUUCAUUUUCUUGUUAAGAAAGUUGACCAAAUAUAUGUACAUUGAUCUGCCAUUUAUUUGGAGAAGGAUUUUUCCCCCACAAUUCCUUGUGGAUUGACGUUUAUGAUUUACUGUACGAUAACAGGACUCGUUCAUUGAUAUCAUAUACAGACAACUUCACAAUUUCAAUUUGUAAAUAUGAAUUCAUUACAUCUGUCCAUUCACCUCAUUAACAUCAUUCAUUAAAUUCAUGCAAUGAUACUUUCAUAAGUUCAUGAAAUGCUUUUUUUAAAGUAAUUGACAUUUUAAAAAUUCUAUCAGUCUAAUAAUUGAAGUGCACUCAUUACUGAAUUUCUCUGUUAUUAUGAACACAUUUCAAUAAUUGAAAAUCUUUUGGACUAGUUUAUAGAGUAAUGCACUACAAGGUUUAAAUAUAAAGGAUUUUUUUUCAAAAAUCUGAUAUUUUUUCUAGAUUCCAUAUUUACUUUUAACAUUCAUUUUUAUUUCAAAUUAAAAAAUAUUUGAAUAUAUUAUCACAUUUAGCAUGUCAAAUUGUAUUUUGCAGCUAUUUUCAAUUUCCAUCCAUCAAC